AUGCAGACUGGAGAUCUUGCAGAGUCUUACAAUGCAAGACUACGACUAGACUUUGUGUUUUCCAAGACAAUUACCAAUUGCAACCUCAACAACAAUAUCUCUGAAAAACCGAUCACAAACCUGACCGCAUUAAACCAGGAUCUGGAGACACGAAACCAGAAGCUGGAGACACGAAACCGGGAGCUGGAGACACAAAACCAGGAGCUGGAGACACGAAACCAGGAGCUGGAGACACGAAACCAGGAGCUGGAGACAGAAAGGAAGAACUUAAAAGUGCCGAUCCAAAACAUCAGUCGAGCUCAGUGGAACAUCGAUGAAUACUGCCCCAAAGUACAGAACGAGAGACGGUGUAGACCUUGUCAGGAGGGAUGGAGACUCGUCAGGUCCAGCUGCUAUCUGUUUAAUGACGUUGGUUCUUCGGAUCUGAAAACCUGGGACGAAGCUCGAGAAGACUGCAGAGCACGGGGUUCAGAUUUGGUUGUUGUACGUGAUGAAGAUGAAGAAGGUGCACUCAGUUUUUACAGAUGGCGUGGACCCUGGGUUGGUCUGAGAGCUGAAGGAGGGAGAUGGAAGUGGAUCGAUGGAAGAGAUCUGACUGAACGACGGAUACAAGGCCAACCUCCUACUGACGGUCAGUGUGCAGUUUAUGUGGAUGCGUUCAGCUGGAAAUCAGUGAGCUGUGCUGAGAGAAGACCAUGGAUCUGCCAGAAGAAGUCUUUAUCUGUUUAACCCCUGCAGUCAGACUUGAGAAGGCUACUGGAUGCUCUGCAUGAUAAUAUCAACUGGCUUCAUAAAUAUCUAACUAUGAAAAGCUCUACUUCACAUCUUAAAUGGCUUGUUUUAAACAAAACAAACAUGUAUAAGGGUUUUAUCUUAAUUUGAAAAGAAAAGAAAAAGUUUGAAGAUGUUC